CCGACGCGGAGUGGCGGUUUGUUGUCCUGGCUUUGCGCAGCAGCCCGCGGAGUUUGAGUGUGAGGAGGUCCGGGUCGCGGCGGGCUCCAGGCUUCACAGAAGUCAGAUGCCAGGAGGUAUGGCGCCCCUCAAGAAGCCUCGGAAUCCCACAAAAUUACCCCUGGCUUUAAACCCCACGAAGAGUAAGGACGUUUUGGCAGUGCUGGCUGAGAGGAACCAGGCCAUAAUACCAGUUGGGGCAUGGGUGGAACCUGCCUCACCAAAUUUCUCGGAAAUCCCCGCACAUGCUUCAGCAUACAUGAUCGAAGAGGAAAUAAAGGAACAGCAACGAAGAAAGCAAGAAUCUCUGAAACAUUUUCAGAGACAAGUCCAACACCGGGUAAAUCAGCAAGUUAAGCUGAGGAAGAAGCAGCACCUGCAGAAGUCCUACGAAGCAGCAGAAAAGGAAGGCUCUAUAGCCAUGCAGUGUUCAGAUCCGACACAUUUAACUCCUAAAAGGACAAGUGUUUUCCCCAGCAAUUUGAACGCUGCUAUUGGAAGUUGUAGGUUACCUCCUUCCCAGGUACUUGAGGAUGCAACAGAAGACGGAGAGAAUCAGAAUCAGUUGUUUAAACAACAAGCUCACGCUCUUAGUCAAACUCUGAAACAGGCACGUCAGCAGCUGGCAUCCUUUAAAACUGUGAGUGACAAAAAGACACCAGUGUUUCUAAACGGUAGAAGGAAAAAUUCUCUUGCCCAUGAGAAAGCAUUUCUUAGCAAACCAUCAUGCAUCAAGAUAAACAAAGAAGCAAGAGAGGAACCCCCUGGUAAGAUCCAUGAAGGCCCUUUAACUACAAUUCAUUACCAGAACUUUAUGGAAAAUCAGGACCUUGGCUGUGGGGAAAUUUCAUCUGUUGUGACAGGUGAAAAGGAGAGAGAAGAUUGGUGUGUGGGUUACCAGCAGGAUCUCCUUUCUGAGGACAGAGAAAAGGCUGUCAGCAAAGUUCAGAAAGUAAAAUUCAAAAAUCCAUUAUUUGUUGUGAUAAAAGAAGAUGAACAAAAGCAAUUGAAUCUUCAUAGCCUUCCGGCUGCUCUUCCACAAGCCCAGGAUUAUUUUGUAGAAGUUCAAGGCAACUGUCCAGAAUCCCAGAGUGGUGUAAUAGAUGUCCUUAAUGUUGAGCCCAAAGCUUCGAGUAUUGAACCUAAAACUCCAAACACCCAGACCACUGGAAUUGAGUUUAAGACCUCAGAGCCAGAAGGCCAGGCUCUUACGACAGCAAGUCGGGACAUUGUUAAAGCCCAGACUGUUGAGCUUGAUGAGAAUAUUGAGUUGGAAGCCAAUGCUUUUCUACCUCCAAAUCAGACCUUUUCAUCCAGAGACCGGGAUUUUCUGCCCAAAUGCCAAGAUCAGGACUCUUUACCCAAAGACCACCAUGUUUUCUCUAAAUACUGGAAUGUUCUUCCUAAACGUCAGGACCAGCAUAGUCUACCAGUAGACCAGGAAUUUCUACCUAGAAAGCAGCUUGCAUUGUCUGAAGAACAGAGUCAUCCACUCGAAUGUCAGAUCCAGGAUCUCCCACCUAAAGAAGAGAGUUUUCUGCCCAGACACCAGUAUAAUUUACCUAUGUAUCAGGACAGAAGCGGUCCACAUGUUCUUCCUAAAUGUCAGGAUCAUGAUGUUCUUUCCAAAGACCAGAGUAAUAUACAGAAAUGUCAGGAGCAGGAUCUUCCACCCAAAAACCAGGACAUGUUUCUCAAGCAGCCAUCAACUUUCAUGAAAGGAGAGAGAGACGAUGAGGAGUUACCUUUGGUGUGUCCUCAGAUCCAGGACCAAAUCUUCCUUAGAGAACAGUACAGGAGCUAUGAGCAGUCGUCAUGUGAUAAGAUAAAUGAAAGAUGGAAAAAGGAAUUAUAUCCAGAGUGCUACAGAUAUAGUGUACAUGAAAUCCAGGAUCCAGACUCUGCAUGCAAGCAGGUAGAGUGGAGUUUACAGCAACCAUCUGUUAACACAACUGAGAAGUGGCCAGAGGAUUUACAUCUUGGUAGUCGUGAACAUCUUCCACGCAGACACCGGAGAGAAACAUGCAGCAGGCGACAACAGGUUUAUGAGGAGUAUCCGUCGGGACUGAGCAAAUACCGUGCUUCACUGGCCUUUCAGUCUGGAGUGGAUCAAGAAGAAGACAAGAAAGAGACGUCAAAAAGACAAUACUUGAGACACAGGAGACUUUUUUCAUGGCUAUCUGAGGACGGGAGGCAAGUGAAAGAACAAAACAGACCAAAGAGAACAAAAGGAAGAGAAUUGAAAAGUAAAAUUAAGAGGAGGAAAGAGCAGCAGCGCUAUGCUGAAGAACAGAGGCUCCUGAGAGCGCACUGUCGUGAAGAGCCUCACUCAGAGCAGAAGAUAAGUGAUGUCUUAGCCCAGUUACAACUUGAAGAAAUAAAAGGAGCCAGAGAAAAACAGCACCAGAGAGAAAAAGAAUAUGUAAGAUAUGUAGAAGCUUUGCGAGCCCAGGUCCAGGAGAAAAUGAAGCUUUAUAAUAUCACUUUACCUCCAUUAUGUUGUUGUGGUCCUGAUUUUUGGGAUGCUCAUCCUGAUACCUGUGCCAACAAUUGCAUUUUCUAUAAAAACUACAGAGCAUAUAAUCGGGCCUUACAUUCAGUCAUCAACUCUUCUGAUAUCUCUGAGGGGAACGCGACUCUUCGAAAUGCUAUUCGCAAUUUUGCUUCUGUACAUAGACGGACUUCAAAAAAAAGUCUACAAUAAGAGUCUGAAAUCAACACCAAUGACUGCUAAAAAAAAUGUCAGCAGAAUGCUAUGUCACAUAGAAAGACAGCAAGACAACCUGAAGCUAUUGGGAGCCAUCCCUGUGUCACAGUGCACGCCUUGAGCUACAGCCCUUCCAAAAGGAAUCUUCCCCAUGCCAAGAAAGGAGCAUCAGACCUUGGUUUUUUUACUUUACAAACUACAGAUAUGUACAGUUUUCAACUCAGGUUUUUCGCCGGUAACCAUGCUAAUAUCACCUCAUAAACUGAAAGCAAAAUGCCAGAAAUAUCUUCAAAAUGCCCUGUCAUACCAAAAGCAAAUUGCAGAGUAAGGAGAACACAGAGUACCUUUUCAUUUUAAAAUGUUUGGAAACAUGUACAAAUUUGAUACAUUUUAAGGAGUGCCAGACACAUGUGUCAACUUUAAGUAAACUGAAGGCUUUGAGAAGCUGGGGGCAGUGAUUGACCAGAUUCUAAAUUAAACCCGAUGAAAACAGUAAACACACUCAAAUAAGAUGUUUGGAUCAUGGCUCUCCCCUCUAUGGUAUUUGCAAGAAGACAGAUAAACAUUUUUUUAGCUGAGCAUGGUGGUACAUACCUAUAAUCCCAGUACUAUGGAGAGGCUAAUGCAGGGGGAUCAGGAGUCUGAGGCCAGCUGGUCUAUGUGAGACUGACUCAAAGAAAUUAAGCCAAAUAAAAUAGUUGUUUUCCCUCCUUCCUCCUGCUGCCGCUCCUCAUCUUGUUCUUUUCACCUUUUUGUGAACAAAAUCAGUCAGACCCUUUUUACCAUGAGACUUUCUCUUUGACUUGUUCUUAGAAUGUCCUUCACAUAUGUGUCCCUCUGCCUCACCACCUUACUGACGCAUGGCUUCUUUUCUCUGCUGCUUAAGCUGCUCGGCGUCUCCCUCAACUGUUGUUGUUUUUCUUUUGUUUUAACCACGUCUACAUUAGAGAUUCCAGGGUUUGUGGCUUCAAUCUUGGUUCUGAAUUCUGAACAAAAGAAGUAUUGAGACAGUGAUCUGUGGGCAGCAAGAGUGGCCUUUCCCUUCAGGCCUCCUGCACACUGGUCCACAGUCCUUCAUUUCCCAAAUGUAGCAUGUUUCGUCCAACUUUGCCAUUUCAUCAGUUUUAAAUUUCCCCACCCAGGCAUUGUCUCCAUUUCUCAGAUCACUUAGGAAAUCCUGCAAUAUUGAGACAUCUAGCUUUUCUUCUGUGAUCUUCUCUGCCUGUCUAUAUAAAGGGAGCAUAAGAGUCACAAGCCCUUUGGUCUCUUGGGGUCACUUUUAGCCAUCCUGAUGUAUUGCUCUCUAGGAAGCACAGAGCACAAUGCAAGACUUCCUGGCCUCACACUAGCUGCCUUUAUGACAGCCAAUCUUACGUGAUUGCUACUAAUUAAAAACAUUAACAAUAAAACAGAAGGGAUCCAUAAAGGCCACCACUCUCAAGUCUUCCCACUCCAAAAAUCCCUUUCUAAUCCUAGAUAACCAUUAGCCUAAUCUGUGUGUAAAUGAGGCUAUUCAUCACUUCUCUUAUAAAUGGAAUGUGCAAUACGAGUUCUUUGGUGACUGAACUUUUUCAGCUAGCCUGAUGGCAAGACUCAUCUGUGUUGGUAAAUUCAUUAAUGCUUUACUACUUUUCAUUGUUGAAAAGUAUUAAUAGCAAUAAUAAAACCAUAUUUAUUCAUUCAUCAACUGAAAGACAUUUCUGUUUGUCCUGCUACAAGCAAUUGUUCUCAGGAUUCUGUAGGUACAUGUUUUCAUUUCUUUUUUUUUUGGUAAGAUUUAUUUAUUUAUUAAUGUACAUUGGUGUUUUGCCUGUAUACAUCUGUGUGAGGGUGUCAGAUCCCUAGAAUUGGAGUUACAGACA